ACCGGAAACCGAAUCAAAAACCAGCAGCGGUCGCAGCAGCGGGGAGGAGCGAGCCUCGUAUCGGGCCGCCCCGUACGCGCAUUCCACGUGGUCGCUACUCCCUCCGCCCCUCACUCCUCUCCGACGAAAACACCUGCGGGCUGCGGCCCUGCCCGCCCCGGCCAGAUUGCGCCCGACGGGGAUAGGCGUAGGUAUUAAAUCCGGGGGAUCGGAUUGGAAACAAAAUCGAAUCCCCAAAUCUGGGUUGCUCGCCCUGAUCGUCCCUGGGCUCGCGCGGCGUCGGCGUCGGCGGCGGCCAUGGGGGCGAUGGGUUGCCGUCGGGCCGCGGGGACCGUCGGCUGGCAGUACGUCUUCGAGGAUGAGGAGAACGAGCGCGAGGACGAGGACGCGCCGCUCGUGGAGGAGGAGGGGGCGGACGAGGACUGGGGGGUCGAGAUGGAGAGGAGGGGGACGAAGAGGAAGGGACCGCGCUCGUCGCGGCCGCGCAAGCAGCGGCGCGUCGCCACGCUCUUCGCCUCGCCGGCGUCGUCCGACUCCGGGCCCCCGUCGUCUAGCGCCGUGCCCAAGCGGCGGCGCGUCGCCAAGCUCUGCGCCUCGCCGGAGUCGUCCGACUCCGGGUCCCCGUCGUGGAGCGCCGUGCCCAAGAGGCGGCGCAGCGGAAACGGGGCCAAGAGGGGCCGCCCCGUCGCCGUCCCCGAGGAAACGGAGACGCCGAGCACCAGCGCCGCGGGCCGCGCCAAGGGGAGGAGGUCGUGCCACCAGUGCAAGGCGGCAAUGAAGCAGCAGAUGACCAAGUGUAAGCAAUGCCGCGAGAAGAUUUACUGCGGCCCCUGCAUCGAUGAUAUGUACCCGGAGUUGUCGUUGGCCGAGGUUAGAGUCAGCUGCCCGUCUUGCCGUGGAAUCUGCAAUUGUAAACGGUGCACUGCCAAGGAGCAGGGUGAACCCAAGAGUUCAGUUUUGAGGAAACGCAACGGCAGUAGAUCAGUAACAAAGAGAAAGAAGACUAACACCUCAGGUGUAAAGUCAACCAGGGUUUGUAAUGAGGUGCCACAGACCGAAGCAAAUGAUAACAACUUCCUAAGUUCCAAUGAGAUUAAUAGCACAUCGGUCAUAUUAGACAAGGUAGAUACGUUGGAUGCAAGAGCUGAUGAGAUUGCUCGUGAAACUAAAGUAAAACAUGCUAGAUAUCUGUUGCACUAUCUGGUGCCUUGUUUGAGUGACCUGAACAGGGAUCAGAUGGUUGAGACAAAAAUCGAGGCCAAAAUUCAAGGGUUGGAAUUGUCUGAACUGAGUGUUGAACAGGCUGACUGCCGGAAUGAUGAGAGGAUGUUCUGUGACAAUUGCAGAACUUCGAUCUUUGAUCUGCAUAGAAGCUGUCCAAACUGCUCAUAUGAAUUAUGCAUUGCGUGCUGUAAGGAGCUUCGUGAAAAUAAUCUAAAGGGCUCUUGUCGGGAAGAGCUGGUAUCUUAUCCUAAUAGAGGAAUCGACUAUAUGCAUGGUGGUGAUCCAUCACCUGAGUUGAUGAACUACGUACAAACAGAUUUGUCCAGUUGCCAGCCUAAGACUACCAAGUGGUGUGCUAAUACUGAUGGGACUAUUAAUUGCCCCCCACCUGAACUUGGUGGUUGUGGUGAUCAUGCCCUUAAGUUGAGACAGAUGUUUCCAAAAGAUUGGUUAAAUAAGCUUGAAAGCGAUGCUCUACAGUUGAGUAAGCAGCUAGAACCUUCUGAUAUUGUCAGCGGAUAUACACAUGAAUGCCCGUGCUGUACUAAACAUGAAAAUGCAAGACAUGCUGCCACCAGAAAUAAUUCAACAGAUAACUGCCUAUACUGUCCAAAAUCAGAUAAUGAGAAAGCAGAAGAUCUAACUCACUUCCAGAGUCACUGGGUUAAAGGAGAACCUGUUAUUGUGCAAGGGGUACUACAGAAAAUGCCACAUUUGAGCUGGGAGCCACCACAUAUGUGGUCUGAAGUACAUGGUGCUAGUACUACCCCUGAUAUGAAAAAUGUGAAGUGUAUUGAUUGUUUAUCUUGUUGUGAGGUCGAGAUACGCACACAGGAUUUCUUCAAUGGAUACUAUUAUGGUCGGGUGUAUCAAAAUGAAUGGCCCGAAAUGCUUAAAUUGAAGGACUGGCCUACUUCAAAUCAUUUUGAAGAGCUUUUGCCUUCGCAUGGAGUGGAAUACAUCAAUUCUUUACCCUUUCAACCGUACACAAAUUUGAAAUCUGGCUUGCUAAGUGUCUCCGCAUUGCUUCCUGAUGACAUUCUAAAGAUUGACAUGGGCCCAAAGUCAUACAUAGCUUAUGGCUAUGCGCAGGAACUUGGCAGAGGAGAUUCUGUUACGAAACUUCAUUGUGAUAUAUCUGAUGCAGUUAAUGUUUUGAUGCAUACUGCAAAAGUUGCCCCUUCUGAAAGACAAGAAAAUGCAAUAAAAAACUUGAAAGCAAGACAUGAGGUACAAGAUGAAAAGGACUGUUGUGGGAAUUUUGCAAUUGAUGGAAGUGAUGCAUGUCAUAAAAACUGUCUGGAUUCAAACCAUACAUCCUCUCCUAACUACAGCAAGGACGAUGAUGGAGGUGCUUUAUGGGAUAUUUUCAGGAGGGAGGAUGUUCCAAAACUGGAAACAUACCUUCGUAAACAUUCCAAGGAAUUUCGCCAUAUAUAUUGUUCUCCAGUUGAAAAGACAUUUAACCCUCUACAUGAUGAAACAUUCUAUCUAACUGAGGAACAUAAAAGGAGACUUAAAGAGGAGCAUGGAAUCGAGCCUUGGACAUUUGUACAAAAACUUGGAGAGGCGGUUUUUAUACCUGCUGGGUGCCCUCAUCAAGUACGGAAUCUCAAGUCUUGCACGAAAAUUGCUAUAGAUUUUGUAUCACCUGAGAAUGUCCAGGAGUGUGUUAAGUUAACUCAGCAAUUCCGCGUGCUUCCUAAGAACCACAGAGCAAAAGAAGAUAAAUUAGAGGUACUAAUUCAGCAACUCUCAAAGCUAUAGCUUCUCCCCGUUGGCCUUGCUUACACUACAGUAAGGUCACUUGGCUUGGAAAGCUAAGGCUAUUUCAGUGAUCCGUAGGUGAGGGGCUCUUGAUGAGGUCCCCACUUUCUCCCAAGGACCAGAUAACAACAAAGGAUUUCCUUUGAAUUGCAUUUCCUUUCGCAGCUCUCAUUUGCACCUCUCCGGAUAGGUGUCUUUUCUCAACACGUUCCUCUCUUAAAAGCUGACAAGGUCUCUCUUACAGCCUCUGUCUUUGUUUUGUGAAACAUCGAAUACUGCAUCUACACAGCCAUAAUUGUUUGUCUUAACUAUUGGGCUCUCUAAUCCAUUCGCUCCCGCUUUCGUCUCAGUGUCGGUCCAGCAGAGUGUUUUCGCCAUUGGUGUUCUUUUCUAUCUUGAUGCAUUUCACCGCUCUAUCAAAAAUUCUCCCAGCUUCAGCCCUGGGAUUUCGCUGCGGACCUGAAAAGCCACAUACAAGUCUUGGUUUGCAUUUUCGUGAUUGUUCAGACAAUGGAUCAAAGUCCGUGUAGCUUCAAAUCACCUUCCUAACUAAUGGUUCACAUUAAGCCUUCCACUUGCAACUACUUCCCUCCCCCACAUUGAUCUUACGUAGUGAAGAUCUGGAGCUCGCCAGGGUCGUUAUUGGUGUCUAUGUUGGGUUUUCUGUGUUGGUUUUUCAAUUUUUAUGUGGCCCCUGCUUUCUUCUAAUUUUUCUAUGUUUUUUUCCUCUUCCGUUUUUUCUAUUUUUGUUUACUGCACGGUUUGUGCGCAUGUGCGGUUCAGUGUGUAAUCACUAAUUACAGGGAGUACAGGUGCACUGGUGCACUACACGGUGAGUACAUUUGCGUUGUGUGUGGGUGCUACUCCCUCCUGUUCUUAAAUAUAAGUCUUUCUAGAAAUUCCAAUAAAAACUACAUACGAAGCAAAAUAAGUGAAUCUACACUUUAAAAUAUGUCUAUAUACAUUUGUAUAUAGUCUGUAUUAAAAUAUAUAUUUAGAAAUGGAGGAAGUAGAUGCGAAGUAUAAGGCCCUGCUUGGAAUCCCCGUAAAGUUAUACAAAGUAAUUACCCCUGUCUAUUACUCCUUCCGUUCCUUAAGUCUUUUAGAGAUUUCAAUAUAAAUUACAUACGGAGCAAAAUGAGUGAGUCUACACUCUAAAAUAUGUCUAUGUAUUUGUAUGUAGUCUAUUAAAAUCUCUAGAAAGACUUAUAUUUAGAAACGGAGGAAGCACUGAAGAUAAGUAAAAUACAACCGGAUAUAAAAAUGGAGCCCAGGGCGCGCUUGGUUCUUAUUUCUCUAGUUUGGUCAGUGUCUCCCAUGCGCGUCGUUCACGGCUGGAACUCCAUGCACUCCAAGGCCGGCGGCUGGAACUUCCAUGUGGAGACUGGUUGAGGAAACACAGGGUAAAACACAAUGUUUGCAUGUUGUUUGAUCGAUGCAUGUUGUUUUUUUGCGUGCAUAUGGGGUCUUGUUAUCAUGAAAGCAAUUUUCACCCGAAUAUUUGGUUGCACACAUGAACAUAGAGAUUACAGUAGAACGCACACGCACAUUCGGCGAUCACAGGCAGGACGACUAUGACAAGGCAGGUAGACUACGACAGAGGGAACCACAGGCACGACUACUGGUCGACACCGGUGUACCAGCAGAGGUUAGGCACGAGGCCCACCACGGCGUCGCAACUAAAGCCAAACAAACCGACGCCGACAGCCACACCUAACUGCAGAACAAGACUGGCGGCGAGAUGUCAUCGAAGCUUCCCGCGUGCCACAAGAAGGUCGGCGACGACGCUGGCUACGGCGCACACCACGAAGCAACUGCUGAUCAUAGGGAGCACGCCACCAUGGAUUGCCUCCACGACCACUCUGACAAGGUACCAGGUGGCUGGUCGUUACUAUAGCAUGGCCAUGGCAGUUCUUCAAUCCCUCAAUACCGUCAAAGGAAAACUCAAAUGGUGAACAGUACAUGGUGAAUUUAUCAAAAUUCAUCCAAAAUAACUUCAAACAUAAACACGAAAUUGAAUAUCUACACUACGAACGAACCAAUUGUUUGAAUGGAACCACAACGUCGCCAUGCAUCUUCAUGUACAACUUAUAUUGACUCGCUACACAGUUGUGUAGAUUAGAAGGAAAGUGGUGAACAAGAUUACAUAUGAAGGAGAUUAGAGCAACUCCAACGCAGCGA